CUUGGGAGGUGUUGGUGUCCAAAAGACAGGUACAGAGAUUGCGACAGCUUUGAACAACAUGGACGUGAGCAGCGAGUAUGUGUUGAAACUACGUCAUGAGAUUGAAGAGCAAUGUGCUGAGGUAUUUCCUACACCUGCACAUAGAGAGAGAGUAAAAUCUUGUCUCUCUGAACUGAGCGAGAUGAGCAAUAGUUUCAAGAAGGCCUUGAACGUUGGGAUGGAACAACUUGUAGGCACAGUAAUGCCUCGCAUCCGGCCUUUGUUAGACAGUGUGGCAACCAUAAGCUACGAACUAUCUGAAUAUGAAUAUGCUGAAAACGAGGUGAAUGACCCGUGGGUUCAACGCCUCCUCCAUUCCGUUGAGGGCAAUGUGGCCUGGCUCCAAUCCUUAAUGACUACCAACAAUUACGACUCCUUUGUGCAUUUGGUCAUUGACUUUCUAGUCAAAAGGCUCGAGGCAAUCAUGUUGCAGAAGAGAUUCAGUCAGCUGGGAGGUCUGCAGCUCGACAGAGACGUAAGGGCAUUGGUCAGUUAUUUCUCUGGGAUGACUCAGAGGACUGUUAGGGACAAGUUUGCACGGCUUACACAGAUGGCGACAAUAUUGAACCUGGAAAAAGUGUCAGAGAUUCUUGAUUUCUGGGGUGAAAACUCAGGACCCAUGACUUGGAGAUUAACCCCAGGUGAGGUGAGAAGAGUGUUAGGGCUUAGAGUUGACUUUAAGCCUGAAGCCAUUGCUGCUCUUAAGUUAUAAUAAUAACAGCUAUAAUAACAGCAAUGCCCCUUUUGCUACAUGGCUGCUUCAUUCAAUUGUCAUAUUCAAUUUAUUCCUUCCCCUCCGGCCUCCCCGCUCACUCUUUGGAGUCUAUAUGUUUUUGUGUUUUACUAGGGGAUAGAUGCAUCUUUAAAUAUAAUAAACUGCCUUUUUGGAAUGUUAUUGUGUAAAAGCUCUAUACAAAUACAACCAUUAUUUUAUAUCUUAUUUCCUUUUAGAAUAAUCUGUUUUUUCAUAGAUGAAUCAUCUUUU